AGUAAUUCGGUUUGACUUGAUUUAAAGUGUGUAGCAUAUAAUAUGGAUCAUCCAUGUGAAACUUUAAGGCACAAAUGUGAAGGUUGCUUCAAGCAAUUCAACAAAAUAGAGCACUUAGUAGAGCAUAUGAGAAUCUCAUUUCACUCAAUUCAUGAACCAAUUUGCUCCUUUUGCCACAAACACUUCAGAUACUUUGAAUCUCUUAGAGAACAUCUUAUUGGGCCAUUGCCAAAGCAAGAAUGCAAAAACAUAUUCAAUGCAAGAGGAUGCAAAAUCUGCUUAGCCAUGUUUGAGAGUCCACUCCAGCUCAACCUUCACCAAGAAAGUUGCCAACUUAGGCCUAUAAAUUUUAGUCAUGAAAAUAGGGCACGUUUGGGGAAGACAGAAAGUGGUGGAACAAAAGGCAAUAACGAAGCAGUGGCAUUGAGUUGCACCAUGGUGGGCGCUGGCAUCGACGGCUCCCUAAAUAUUUGCGUUAGGGUUUGUGUUGUUGACCAAAACGAGUCCCUCAUCUUUUCUACUUAUGUCAACCCAACCCUUCCCAUCACAAACUAUAGGUAUGAAUUCACAGGUGUUCGUCCAGAACACUUGAGAGAUGCAAUGCCAUUGAAGCAAGUCCAGAAGAAAAUUCAAGAGUUUCUAUGCAAUGGAGAACAAAUGUGGAAGAUUCGUCCUGGAUCUACUGGAAGAGCAAGAAUUCUUGUGGGUCAUGGCCUUCAAGAAUACCUUACAUCUUUGCAAAUUGACUACCCUCCCAUUAUGAUCAGGGAUACUGCUAAAUAUCCACCAUUGAUGAAGACAAGCAAGCUAAGCAAUUCUCUCCACUGUUUGACACAAACAUAUCUUGGAUACAGUAUGGAAAAUGGGAAGAGAUUAGAAGGUUAUGAGGAGUGUGUUGCAACAAUGAGAUUGUACAUGAGAAUGAAAUCUCAAGUUCACAAAAGAGAGGAAUAUCCAUUGGCUUCUGAUCCACAAAAUAAGUUUAAUUUUGCAAAUUGGAAGCAACUUGAGCUUGAGAAGAUGACACCCCAACAGUUGUUGCAAAUUUCAAGAUCUGAUUACUAUUGUUGGUGUUUGGAUUCCACCCUUUAAUAAUUCCAUUCAUUACAAACCUUAA